GCAGUCUCUGGCGCUGGGUCGGUUGCCCCGGAAGCGGACCGAAGAAGAGGACUACGGUCGGCGGCGGGGGAGGGGGGGAGCGCUUCCCCCCUAAAGCCGGUAGCGACCGACAGCGGGGAGUUAAGAUGGCGGCGCCCGCGGGCACGGGCUGAGGCGGAGGGCGGCGGCCCCUCGCCCGCCUCGGUUUCCCCUCCCCCCUCCCGCCCUCCCCGGCUCCUUCUCUUCCUCCUCUCCGCUCCCCCUUCUCCCCUCCUUCCUUCCGCCCGGCCUCCGUUCCCCGCUGGAAGCUGGCGGAGCUGGGCCGGGCCGGGGGCGCGGCGGGCCCCGCCGGCGGGAUGAUGCGCUCGCAGUGCCUGCUGGGCCUCCGGGCCUUCCUCGCCUUCGCCGCCAAGCUCUGGGGCUUCCUGCUGUACCUGCUGCGGCGGCAGGCCCGCACCGUGAUACAGUACCAGACGGUGCGCUACGACAUUCUUCCCCUUUCCAAAGUUUCACGGGAGCGCCUCAACCAGGUGAAGAGGAAGAUCCUUGUGCUCGACCUGGAUGAGACGCUGAUCCACUCCCAUCACGACGGAGUCCUGCGGCCCACGGUGAGGCCUGGCACUCCACCCGACUUCAUCCUUAAGGUUGUCAUAGACAAACAUCCAGUCCGCUUUUUUGUACACAAGAGGCCUCACGUGGACUUUUUCCUAGAAGUGGUGAGCCAGUGGUAUGAGCUGGUGGUCUUCACGGCCAGCAUGGAAAUAUAUGGCUCUGCUGUGGCCGACAAGCUAGACAAUAAUAGGAGCAUCCUAAAGAGAAGAUACUACAGACAGCACUGCACUUUGGAGCUGGGCAGUUACAUCAAAGACCUUUCCGUCGUCCAUAACGACUUGUCCAGCAUAGUCAUCCUGGACAAUUCGCCAGGAGCCUACAGGAGCCAUCCAGAUAACGCAAUACCUAUCAAGUCCUGGUUCAGCGAUCCCAGUGACACAGCACUUCUCAACUUGCUCCCCAUGCUUGAUGCCUUGAGGUUCACAGCUGACGUGCGGUCGGUGUUGAGCCGGAACCUGCACCAGCAUCGCCUUUGGUGACGGUGGCUCCUCCUUUCUUCAGGGCUUGGCCCGCGACCUCUGCCUUAUCCCGCCAUCGUGACCCCCCCGCCUUGGUCGCUUGGACUCUGGCGAACGUGUCCGGACUCAGCCAACCAGGAGGGGAGGAGCUGGGAGUGAGCCAGCCAGCGCCCCUCAACGUGAGCCGGUGGGCAGCCCCGCCCGCCUCUCCCUGCGCCAGCCAGCUGCACCGCUGACCACCGCCCCGCCCGCUGGGGGACUGGUCAUGACUCUUGCAGGGCAGCCAGCGGGGCUGGCGCCAUUGGCACGAUGGCACCAACUGCUUGGGGGGGAGGCAGAUGUACAAGAAAGGGGGUGAAACAAGCCAGCCGCACGGAGGAGUGCGACGGACACUUUGAGACGAGGCUGCGUUUUCUCAUUUUAAAGACCGAGCUCCCUGUACAAAGAUCUAUUUUCCUUUGUUUUCAUUUCUUCUCCCUCCCUACACUCUUGAUAAAGAGAGAAGCCCUUUCAUCUAAGGCCAUCUAUUUUUUA